AAGCGCGAGGCGACGGAGGGAAAGUUGUGCUGCUCAGACUCUGGAGGAUCACCGUUCAACGAACGAGGAGCGAAUUCACGCACCAUGAACACUGUCGCUUGAGAAAAGGAAGAGUGCUGUAAACUUACAAUCAUGUUUUGGACUAUUUUGUUGCCAUAUUGUGUGACUUUUGUGCUGGGAAAUAAGCCAGACGAACGAAUACCUUUCUUCCACGGGCAUGUGUUUGAGAACUCUCCACCUGGCUCAAAAGUGAACGGACUGAGUAUCCCGGUGAAGCGGAUCGAUCCGCAGCGAUGGUGCUCCAAGUCCGGGAUGCACCUGAAACUCCUGGGGGACAGGAGUGAAGAUUUCCAGGUCUUCGCGCACCACAAGCGAGGACACAUCUUGCUGAAAACCUCUAACGUUCUCGAUCGAGAGGAGCGCGCUGAGUAUCUCCUCAGUCUGGCGCUGUGCUGUCAGAGCUGCGCUUCAGCCGUGCGCGUCGUGGCCGAAGUUGCUUCAGUUAAAGUGGACGUGCUCGACACGAACGACCACGAGCCCACUUUCCAACACGCAGACGUCAAAAUAACUUUGGACGACGCCACGGCCCUGAGGUCGGUGGUGUACACGGUGAAAGCGGAGGACAUCGACAGCGGCAAAAACGCCGAGCUCAUAUACUACGCGCUUCCUAGAAACGGCAGUUUCUAUGUGGUGCCCAAAACCGGCGACAUCCUCCUCGUGGACUCGAUUCUGGGUCUCGCGCAGCCCAUAAAGUUCAGCGUGUUUGCGCGAGACCACGGCUGGCCCGCUCGGACCAGUCAGAAUAUGGAUGUAGAGAUCAGUCCGCGCCAAUGGCCAGCCCUUCCUCAGAUCGAUAACGGACUCUCGAGAAAGUCCCGCUCCGUGCCGGAGCCGGUGCUUAUCACCGUGUCCGAAGACGCGAGUAUCGGCUCCGUCAUAAUGAAUCUACACCCGGUGAGGUUUCAGUCCGCCAGUUUUGAGCUGAUUCACCCGGACGCGGAUAACUCUCCCGUCACUGUGAGUCGGGACAGCGGAGAUUUGGUUAUAUCAAGACGGCUCGACCGAGAGACGCAGCCGCUAGUGGAGAUAACUGUAAAAGUACAAGAUAAGCGAGGUCCUGACUGGUAUACAGUGAGAGUGGAUUUGACGGUGAUGGAUGUCAAUGAUAAUGCCCCAGAAUGGACGAUGGUCCCUUUCCCCUACCUGAGUGUGGUCUCUGUUAAUGCCCCACCAAACACUCUAGUCUACAAGCUUCAAGCCAGAGAUGGUGAUGAGGGCAUCAAUGGAGAGGUGGAAUACUUCCUGUCUGAUGGAGGUGACGGGAGAUUUGAGGUGGACAGGAAGAACGGUUAUGUGCGGAUGACAGGCCUCCCCCUGCAGAGAGACAGAGAAUACCAGCUCACAGUGGUGGCUGCUGAUCGGCAGGGCAGCCGCAGUCCUCCCGCUGUAGUGUCCAUCAUCGCUGGCCCUAGAGCUCCUCAAUUCACCAACGUGUCUUAUACAAUUUCCAUACCAGAAAAUACACCAGAAGGCCAACCCUUCCUUGUCACUCCAGCAGUGUCCUUCCAAAAACAGCCAGUAACUUACAGCCUGCUCAUCAAUCCCAGCAGUCUUUUCAGCAUGCAGCCAGAGACAGGGGAGAUCAGCCUGACCCGUACUAUAGACUAUGAGAGUGACCAGCACCGCUACCUGCUGCUGGUGCGGGCCAGUGAGAAUCAGGACAGUCUCAGCAGUGCUGCCGAGGUGCGAGUGAUCAUCAUGGAUGAGAAUGACUGUGUUCCAGAAUUCCAGCAGUCCAUUUAUAGCAAAGACGGUGUCCCUGAGACAGUCACGACCGCAACGUCACUUCUGCAGGUAUCAGCCAGCGAUUGCGAUUCGGAGCAGAAUGCAGAGAUCACAUACUACACGCUUAGUCCAGAUUUCAUCAUUUCAGCCCAUGGCACCAUAUUCCCGGCAGGCCCUCUGGAUUACGAGAGGCCCAACCACCUGUAUGAAUUCGUAGUGAUGGCGGUGGAUAAGGGCGAGGUGCCCCGCACCGGCACGGCCACUGUGCGUCUUCGUAUGGCCAAUGUCAACGACGAGCCUCCGGAGUUCUCGCAGCCUGUGUAUCAAACCUUUGUCUCUGAGGAUGCAGGGCCCAACACUCUGGUUGCAACGGUGCUGGCCAAGGACCCAGAUGGAGAUGGGAUUGCAUACAAAAUUACAGCAGGCAAUGAGGAGGGCAACUUUGUCAUCGACAGCCAGAAAGGAUUGAUCCGUCUCCGCUCCAGCCCGUCUCCUAGACUUCAGGGAGUAAAGUACGUCCUGAACGUUACGGCAACAGAUGAUAACGCCUCCGGUGGGCCGCAGUCACUCUCCGCCAUUGCCCAGGUCAUUGUAGGAGUUGACGAUGUGAACAACAACAAACCUGUGUUUGAAAAGUGUGCCGAGUAUAAAGAGAAGGCAUCAGUUCUGGAAAAUAAGCCAGUGGGAACAUUUGUGCUGCAGGUCCAUGCAGAUGAUGCUGAUGAAGGAGCCAAUGGAAAAGUCACAUAUGGUUUUAUGCAUAAAGACAGCACGGUUCCUGCCUUCAGCAUUGAUCCAGAAACAGGUGUUAUUGUAACUGCUAUGACGUUUGAUCGGGAGAGGCAGAGAGAGUAUGCAGUAACAGUGACGGCCACGGACCAAGCGGCGGACCCCCUCAUAGGCAUCUGCCAGCUCAACAUUCUUAUCCUCGACGAGAAUGACAACAGCCCCAAAUUUGAGAACUUUCGCUACGAAUACUUCUUACGCGAAGACACCAUGACCGGGACCAGUUUUCUGCGAGUGGCUGCACGUGAUGAUGAUUACAGCACUAACGCGGCCAUCACUUACUCCAUGACCGAGGAGCAGCCGGAGUAUCUGCGAGUCAAUCCACUCACAGGCUGGAUCUACGUAAACCAGCCAAUCUCGCAGAGGACCUACAUCAGCAGGCAGAUCAUCGCUACAGAUGGAGGGAAUCGGAGCAGUUCAGUCGAGCUGGCAGUCACCAUCACCAAUGUGAAGAACCAGCCUCCACAGUGGGAGAAGGACAAAUAUGAGGUCGUCAUACCUGAAAACACUGUCAGAGACACUCCAGUUGUGACUAUCAAGGCCACUUCUCCGCUGGGUGACCCGAGGGUGACUUAUAACUUGGAGGAUGGAUUGGUGCCAGAAAGCAACAUGCCUGUUCGUUUCUACCUAACCCCGAAUCGUGAAGAUGGCUCUGCCUCUAUACUUGUCACAGAGCCCUUGGACUAUGAGACCACCCGCAACUUCAUGCUUAGGGUUCGAGCUCAGAACGUGGCUCCUGUGCCCCUGGCGGCCUUCACUACUGUUCACAUAAACAUCACAGAUGUCAAUGACAACGUUCCAUUCUUCACCUCCUCCAUAUACGAGGCAUCUGUGACCGAAGGGGCAGAAAUUGGAACUCUGGUUCUACAAGUGUCAGCCAAUGAUCUUGACCUGGGACUGAAUGGGAAGAUCUCAUACUCUCUACUGAAUGACCGUAGUGGAGACUAUCAGUACUUCCGCAUUGAUCCUGAGCUGGGAACCAUCUACACAGAGGCUGUGUUUGAUCGAGAGACCAAGGGAUCCUACCUUUUGGAAGUGAAGUCAGUAGAUGGCUGGGAAUCAGCCAGGCCAGGGAAGCACGGACAGCCCAACUCAGAUACGGCGUAUGUGCGUAUUUUCAUCAGCGACGUGAAUGAUAACAAGCCAGUGUUUGCGCAGUCCGUGUAUGAGGUUGACGUGGAUGAGGAUGCUGACGUGGGCUCCACCAUCCUCACUGUCAGCGCUAAUGAUGAAGAUGAAGGUGCUAAUGCCAAAUUGCGCUACCAGAUUACAUCAGGCAAUGUGGGAGGUGUUUUUGACAUGGAGCCCGAGGUGGGAACCAUCUUCAUCGCCCAGCCGCUGGAUUAUGAACAGAACAAGCUCUAUAAGUUGCACGUCUUGGCGUCUGAUGGGAAGUGGGAAGAUUAUGCUACUGUAAUAGUCACCAUUGUGAAUAAGAACGACGAAGCACCUGUGUUCUCUGUGAACGAGUACUAUGGCAGCAUGACAGAGGAGCUGGACGGUUCUCCUGUCUUUGUGUUGCAGGUAACAGCAUCUGACCCAGAUAAGGAUGCUGACCAGGAGGCCUUGAGAUAUUCCCUUCAUGGUCAAGGUGCUGAGAGCGAGUUCAUCAUUGACGAGGUGACGGGGAAGAUUUAUGCUCAGAUAACAUUAGACCGCGAGGCCCGGGCAGUGUGGCGUUUUGUGGUCCUGGCCACAGAUGAAGGUGGUGAGGGACUAACAGGAUUCACCGAUGUCAUUAUCAACGUGUGGGACAUAAACGACAACGCUCCUCUUUUUGCUUGUGCCCCGGACAAUUGCAAUGGCGACGUGACUGAGAACUCCCCGCCUGGCACUUCCGUCAUGGAGAUGACAGCCACUGAUCUGGAUGAUGCAGCUGUCGGACAAAACGCAGUGUUGGCCUAUAAGAUCGUAGGUAAUGCCGCCCUUAAUGGCGCUAAUAGAGGAGCAGAUGUUUUCAGCAUCAAUCCCGCUACUGGGACGGUUUCAGUGGCAAUGUCUGGUCUGGACAGGGAGCAGACCGACUCGUAUAUCUUGGUGGUGGAAGCACGAGAUGGUGGAGGUAUGAUAGGAACGGCCACCGCCACUAUACACGUGACAGACGUCAACGACCACGUCCCACAUUUCCUGGACCGCUCGUGCUCCAUACGCAUUCCUGAGAGCAGUGAGCCCAACACACCAAUCAUAGAGCUUGCCGCAGAGGAUGCAGAUGCUGGAGAGAAUGGCCAGCUGACCUUCAGUGUGGUGGCCGGUGAUCCCGAACAGAAGUUUUACAUGGUGAGCCAUCGACAGGAGCAGCGCGGGACCCUUCGUCUCAAGAAGCAUCUGGAUUACGAAAGACCGGGCGAGCAACGCUUCAACCUCACCAUCAAAGUGGAGGAUAUGCAGUACUCCAGCUUGCUUCACUGCACGCUAGAGGUCGAAGACUGCAACGACCACGCGCCAGUCUUCAUUCCUCACUUUCUACAGCUUCCUGCCGUACGAGAGGAUGUCGCUCCAGGAACCAGCGUGGCAAGUGUGGCUGCCACUGAUUUGGACUCGGGGUUGAAUCGCGAGAUCACUUAUAGCAUUGCUCCGGAGUCUGAUCCGUACCAUCUGUUUUCUGUGGACCAGUCGGGGUUGGUCACUGUGGCUAGUGAGCUGGACCGGGAAAAGGUCGCACAGCAUCACUUGGUUGUACUUGCGACAGACCACGGCACAGCACCGUUGACUGGCACUGCAACUAUCCAGAUGGCUCUGCUGGAUGUCAACGACAACGGCCCUGAGUUUGAGGCUGUGUACGCACCAAUAGUGUGGGAGAACGUUUUGGGCCCGCAGGUUGUGCAGCUUAACCAGAGCUCCACGUUAUUGAGAGCCGUGGACCAAGAUUCAGAGGAGAACGGCUCACCCUUUUCCUUCUCUGUGCCUCUGGAGUAUCGUUACAGCAAUGAUUUCCACCUGCAGGAUAAUGGGAAUGACACGGCCACCAUCACCACACUGAGAGCAUUCGACAGGGAAAGACAGAAAGAGUUUCUACUACCUGUCAUCAUGACCGAUAGCGGCAGUCCACCGAAGACCGUCACAAACACCCUCACUAUCACCAUCGGUGACGAGAAUGACCACGCCCACAUAGCUGGACAAAAGAAAGUGUUCAUCAACUGUCACAGAGGUAAUGGCUUUAACCUUAUAAGCAUUUAUUUUAUCCUGAACAAGCGGACAGGGUUCCUCAUCAUAAAGGAGAACGCUCCUCCUGGGAGUUAUGACUUUCAGGUUCGAGUGUCAGAUGGGGUGUGGCCGGAUGCCAUCUCUAGCGUGAAGGUGAAUGUGAAAGAGCUACGGGACGAUGCCAUCUACAACUCAGCCUCUUUGAGAUUAGCAGACAUCUCCGCCACAGAGUUCAUGGAACGCCGUAGCAAUCUGAAGAGCAAGUACGAGCUGCUUGGCGACUUCCUGUCAGACAUGCUGUCUGUGGGGGCAGACGACAUCAACAUUUUCAGUCUGGUGGAAGUGCGGCACAGGACUCUGGAUGUGAGGUUUUCCGUUCACAGCACGCCGUUCCUCAGGGUUGAGAGAGUCCAUGGAUACCUUGCAGCUCAUAAACAAAAGCUCCAGUCUUUUCUUCAAGUGAACGUGACCCAGGUUCAUGUAGAUGAGUGUGUGGAUGCAGACUGUCGGGGAGGAGGGGGCUGCACCAGCCAUCUGAGCGUGACUGACAAGCCGGCGGUGGUCGACUCAGGCAGCAUGGCUCUGGUGUCAGUGACUGUGGAAACCACAGCUGUCUGCAGUUGCUCAGCACGUGAACACCUCCACCAGAGCUGCUCUGUCUAUCCCAGAAAAACCUGCCACAAUGGAGGAGUCUGUGUGGACACGCAGAGUGGAUACAGAUGCCAGUGCCCGGCUCAGUUUGAGGGACCCGAGUGCCAGCAGACAAAACACAGUUUCCAUGGCAACGGCUAUGCUUGGUUUCCCCCUAUAAGGCCAUGCUUCGAGAGCCACCUCUCACUGGAGUUCAUCACAGAGGUGGCAGAUGGCUUGCUGCUCUACAGCGGACCCCUCUCCCAGCUUCAGCCGUGGGAGCCGGAGGACUUCAUGGCCAUAGAACUGAUCGACGGCACCCCCACCCUGAAAAUUAACCACGGCUCGGGUACAUUGGUCCUGCAGUUGCCGGGCAACGUGAACGUAGCGGAUAGACUGUGGCACAGACUGGACGUGAGGAGCAACAGCAAAGAGGUUCGUUUUACACUUGACCGCUGCGCAGGAGCCACUAUCAUGGAGAUGGAGGGAGUGGGCAGCUGGCUAACUACUGAAGACCACACUUCCUGUGAAGUUACUGGCAUCACACCAAAUAUGGACAAGCAUCUGAACAUGACACAGGUGCUUCAGCUAGGAGGAGUGAAUGAGAACCUGCCAUAUAUCUACCCUCAACUACAACACAAGCACUUUACUGGCUGUAUCCGAAACCUCAUUGUGGACAGCAAGUUUUAUGACCUCGGUUCACCAGCUGACUCCUCUGGCAGUGCUCCGGGAUGUCUGAUGACGGACAAUAGCUGUGUGAACAUGGGUUUUCCUUCCUGCGGGACCCGGGGGCGCUGCCAUGGAGAGUGGGGUUCCUUCAGCUGUCAGUGCAUACCUGGGUACAGCGGGCAUCAGUGUGAAAAGGAGGUCCCGGAGUAUUCAUUUGAUGGAAGGAGUCACAUACACUUUCAGCUGGCCUUCACGCUCCCGGCCAGACACACGCAGGUUCAGGUCCUGGUCCGGACACGCAAACAUAGCAGCUCUAUCCUCAGCCUGCUGUCUAAAGAACAGAAUGAAUAUCUCAAACUGGAGAUCUAUCAGGGUCUGUUAAGUGUCUUCUACAACCUUGGUGAUGGGGACUUCAACUUGACAAUGCCCUCUUAUCGUUUAGACAAUGGAGAGUGGCAUGACAUUCACUUAGAUCGGCAUGACAAUGAGUUGACCCUGCGUCUGGAUGGCGGGGGAGGACGGCGAGAGGUCACGGGAUCGCCGGGUCGCAGUCGGGAGAUUGUUAUUGAUCCCGCUGUGGUGAUGCUGGGCAACUCGUUCCCCUCAGGACACAACAAGAGCUUCCAAGGCUGUAUGCGGGACCUGAGACUCAAUGGGCGGUUUAUUCCUCUGGACGGUCAGGCCAGAGAGGGGGUAUCGUUGGUCAGUUCUCAAGGUGUGUCUCUGGGUUGUUCCUCUGACUCCUGCCGGAAAAACCAAUGUAGUCCCCCCUUUACUUGCGUGGACCUGUGGAGAAUCUAUGAAUGCAGGUGUCCCCCAGGUCACAUGGUCAAGGCAAACUCCACUGGUAAAUUCUGUGUGUACACGCUCUGUGCCAGCCGCCCAUGUCACAGGGGCACUUGUGUGGCACAGUCUCCCUCCAAAUUCACAUGCCACUGUCCAGAGGGCUACCGCGGCCGGCACUGUGAGGUGACGCUGGCCAUCUACCGAGAUGACGUGGGCCUCAGUUUCAGCUCCCUCUUUGCCAUAUGCAUCUGCUUUAUGGCCCUACUAGUUGUCAUUGUGGGUGUCCAAAACCAGUUUAAGACGGCGCCCUUCGACUCGCUGCAGGUCUUCUCCACCGAGGGGGGUGGGUCGCUGGCCGGGUCACUGAGUUCCUUCAGCUCCGCUGGGCUGGAAGAGGGAACGGCGGCGGGUCACGAGUGUUUGAAAGAGUGGGGGCCGCGCUUCGAGAAGCUGAAAGCCCUCUACGAGCGGGCCGAGGGCAGUGACCUCUAAGGAACUGCCGGGAAGAGUUCCUGCAGCGUGAGGAGAGGAGGGAGACCACCAAAGACUUGUCUAAAAACCAGAGGGAUUUUUAUUACGCCGAAAAUUCCUACGCUUUGGCUUCCUCUGGAUGCAUUACUUCAUGCGAGACACUCUCUCUGCCUAUGGAGGUGGGUGACAUUUGGGACUCUCAAUGAGUAGCAAAUGGGAAGUGCUAAUCCAGGACACCACAAGUUGUGGUCAUGGCAGAUUUUAAGCCCAGAACGGGCAUCUUUAUUAAAGUGAUUUGCGGAUGACAAUGAUUUUAGUGGAACCAUUUGUUGUCUUUGUGACUAUCACUGGCGGAGCGCUUUGGACGUGUUCUAUAUGUCUGUAUGUUCUAUAUGUUCUUAAAUAAAAGAAAGACGGGAAGAAAAAUAAACUGCUGUGCUCAGAUGCGACUAGGAAGGGGUUUGUCCUCCUCCUUCACGGGCCACAUUCUGAAAUCAGUUCACCACUUGUUCUGUCAGGGUGGCCACUUGUGUUCAUCAAUCAUAACUUCAUACUUGGAUACUGUUGAUUUUUUUUUCUAUUUGCUCGGCCCUCCGCUUAGAUUCUAUUCACGAGGAUGCGAGGAUGAAAGAGGCAGUCUGCGGGAAAAAAAGACCAAUAAAAACUGAAGAUGAGUGAAAAACACUGAGGAAAAUGAAACAGAAAGCAGCCUUAUUGUUUGGCAUUUUAGGAGACAUUCCUUGGGAAUACAAAUUGUGUCCUCUCUUUCUAGCCAAAAAGGAGCGAAGGAACGGCUGGAAUAAAAAUGUGGCUGAGGCACGAGGCACAAGGCUGAGUGGCUGGCAUGAGAUGGAAGUUUUCUGUAGCUGAAAACUAUCGAAAACUCUCUUGGCUCUCACGGUUUGCUGAGCGGUAGCAAUCAGAGUUUGCCAAGCUAAAGAAUAGCCAUUAAGACAAAUGAACGAAUGUGUGUGUUGUUCCAUGCUAUCAACUCAAACGUGAUAUCGAGCUCUGCUGGAGGAGCUUUCAACACUGGAGUGAGCUUACAGUCCAGUUUGCUUCCUUUUGAAAGUAUUGUAUUAUUAACCAAACCAGCUUACUCAACUGUAUUGUCAUUUCCUGUUCUACUAUAAAUAACCCCUUGUAUCCCAUCACAUUAUUCGGCACUGCAGUGAAAGAAAUGGGCCUCGGCACCAGGUGCAUUCUGGGAAUGGCGGGCCAGCGGUUUCAGACCCUGAGCACCUCCCAUGUAACAUGUUUAAUGGGCUUGUGAACGCAUGUGGUGAGGCUGCAUGGGGUGAAGGAAAAGCAAGGCAAGCUUGUGUGUGUGCAAAUGGAAUAACUAAAAGUCUCCCCCAGUGAGGCCUCAAAUGCCAACCUUGUAUUUUAUGCAUUUUAAGGCAAUGUUUUUUGCCCUCCUUUUAUCAUUUUGGUUUUUUUUUCUCCGGAGAAUGCCGUAUGUGGAGCAUGACAGGCUGGCUGAGGAGAGUGGAGCGAGUAGGAGUGUGUUAAAAAACAUCAGAGUGCUAAUCCUAAUGUGAACGGAUCACUCACUGUCAUGCUGUGAACCAAAGGAUCAUGGGAGUUGGAAAACUUGAUGGAGAAGUCAUCACUCUUAUUACGGAUCUCAAAAAGUGCCAAUAUUUCCAAAGGCAGCAACAAGAGUAUUAAAAAAGGUUUCCAAGUCGAAGCUAAGAAAUAUAGCUGGAAGUGCAAUGCUUGCUAUUUCAUUGAGUUAAAAAGAGGUCAACGGGAUUGGCGCUUGAAGUCAUCCUUGUAAGGGGAUUGGGGAGGAUCCAGUGCGAGGUGAGAGUAUUCAUGAAUGAAGCAUGAUGGGCUCUGUCUUUGAAUCACAUAAAUCCUUAUCUUACAAAACCAAUUCCUCUCCAAUUUUGAACCAAGGCCACCUGUUUAUUUGUGUGGUGAAUAUAUACUCUAUUUUGUGAAACAAUGUUUUUACCUCAUUUGUGCAUAUCAAAACAAAGUAAUUGCUUUUUAAAAAUAUAUAUA